GGUUUCGCGAGGACCUGUGGUUAUGAAGUGUUUGGGAGGAGAGAGAGAGAGGGGGGGUGGUGACAAGAACCUGUACUGUUGUUGCUAGAGAGUUUCCAUUAAAGAAAGGAAGCCUCCGACAAGGAUAGUUUGGGCAUUACGGUAAAUAUAAAACCGGUCGGUUAGAAGGUCCCUUCACCACCCUUCAACGUCCCUUCACCAAACCUCCAAAGUCACUCACAUAGAAAUCUAAAUUACACCGAAGCAUACCUCAAACCUCAACACAUUCAUAACAUAAAGCAAACCAACAACAACUUCAAAUAAAACAGAGCAUCUCUCUGUUCUCUGUUCUGUUCUGAUUCUCUCUCUUUCUGACUUUCUCUUUCUCUCCCCCCUCAUAUAUUCUUCUUUUCUUCAGAAGGACCACUUCACUUUCAGAAACCCAGUUUCGCAUCUGGGUUUUUGCUUGUUGAAGUGCCAAUUUUGAAGAUUAAAAUAAAAUAACUAUGACUUGGAAAAGCAGAGGAGAAUUGCCUUCUAGAAGCGUUAUCUCGCAGAGAUGGGCACUGUUUCUCUGCUUAGGAAGUUUCUGUGCUGGAAUGCUCUUCACUACAAGGAUAUGGACUAUACCUGAAAACAACAAAGGACUAGCACGACCAACAGCCUCAGAAGCUGAAAAAUUGAGUUUAGUUUCAGAAGGCUGCAAUUCCAGAAUUUUGCAAGAGAUGGAAAUGAAGCACGAUAAAGACACUUAUGGUGAAGUUUUCAAGAGUCAUAAUUCCAUACAAACAUUGGACAAGACUAUUUCAAACUUAGAGAUGGAAUUGGCUGCUGCAAGGGCAACUCAGGAGUCUCUACGAAGUGGUGCUCCUAUUUCAGAUGAUAUAAGGUUGAGUGAAUCUUCGGGUAAGAGAAAGUACCUUAUGGUCAUUGGUAUUAACACUGCAUUCAGUAGCAGGAAAAGAAGGGACUCGGUUCGAUCUACUUGGAUGCUACAAGGUGAGAAAAGAAAGAAGCUAGAGGAGAAGGGCAUUAUCAUGCGCUUUGUAAUUGGACACAGUGCUACAUCAGGUGGUAUUUUAGACAGAGCUAUUGAAGCAGAGGACAGAAAGCAUGGAGAUUUCUUAAGGCUGAAUCAUGUGGAAGGAUACCUUGAAUUGUCAGCAAAGACAAAAACCUACUUUGCCACUGCUGUGAACUUAUGGGAUGCUGAUUUCUAUGUCAAAGUUGAUGAUGAUGUUCAUGUAAAUAUAGCAACACUGGGAGAAACUCUAGUUAGACAUCGAUCAAAACCACGGAUAUACAUUGGAUGCAUGAAAUCUGGGCCUGUCCUAUCCCAAAAAGGGGUAAGGUACCAUGAACCUGAGUACUGGAAAUUUGGAGAGGCUGGAAACAGGUACUUCCGUCAUGCCACAGGGCAGUUGUAUGCCAUUUCGAAUGAUUUGGCUACAUACAUAUCAAUUAACCAGAAUGUUCUUCACAAGUAUGCCAACGAGGAUGUGUCACUAGGAUCCUGGUUUAUUGGACUUGAUGUGGAGCAUAUAGAUGAUCGAAGACUUUGUUGUGGCACUCCUCCUGAUUGUGAGUGGAAGGCACAAGCUGGAAACAUUUGUGUUGCAUCAUUUGAUUGGAGCUGCAGUGGAAUUUGCAGGUCUGCUGAGAGGAUUAAAGAGGUACAUAGGAGGUGUGGAGAGGGUGAGAAUGUUUUGUGGAGUGCCUCUUUCUAGGAGGCAACAAGUGACGUUGGAGUUCUUCCUAACUCAGGAAGAUUAAUACUAAAGGCAACGAGUCAAGCCUGCAAGAUUUUCUAUUUUUUUUUUCUUUUUCUAUAGUUUUGUGCAGUGUAGAGAAAAAAAUGUCAUUUUACACGAGAAAAGCAGGAGUGAGAGAGAAAUAUGAUGCUUGCCCCAUGGACCUUCAACAUUUUAAGAGGAGAUUGACCAUGGUAGCAGCUAGUAAGAGGACGUGCGCACGAGAUAUAUAGUCCACAUCAUAUUCAUUCUUUGAUAUGCUUGAAGGGUCAUUCAGUUUGUUCAUAGUUCCAUGGCUAUCAAGCACCUAAUAAAUAGAGAUAUAAUUGGGUGGCUGUUGCUGCCUUUUAUUCUGCAUGAAAUUGAUUUUUCUGUUUUGGUUGAAAUGAAAUAUGAUUCAAUGAUAUCUACUUGUUCUACAUCUA